GGCCCGGCAGAGCGCGUGGAGACGCGGUGCCCUCGCUCUGCUCGCGGGCUCCGCCACCCCCUGCGCGUCGGCACCUGCCUCGCCGCCGUCCCAGCUCCAGAUGGGGAAGGACCAGGGCUUCUCACGGCACUUUCGGAUUUUCAUCCCCAAGAAGCACCGGGCGCGCUUCGACGAGGUGGUGUCGCAGGGUCUGCUGGGCAAACUGUGCCGGGCCCGGCGGGCGCAGGGCGCGCAGCGGCUGCGCCGGAGCCGCAGCGAGGAGCGUCCCGAGCGCCUGCUGGUGUCCACGCGCGCCAGCGCCCCGCCGCGCCGCCCCGACGAGCCGCCCUCGCGCAAGUCCGCGUCGCUGCUGGCCAGCCGGGCCUGCCUCGGGGGCGCGCGCAGGACCGUCCGAAUCUACAAGGGCAACAAGAGCUUCGGUUUCACGCUGCGCGGCCAUGGGCCCGUUUGGAUCGAGUCUGUCCUGCCUGGGAGCCCAGCUGACAGCGCUUCCCUCAAGUCUGGCGACCGGAUCCUCUUCCUCAAUGGACUGGACAUGAGGAGCUGUUCACAUGACAAGGUGGUGUCCAUGCUGCAGGGCAGCGGGGCCAUGCCCACGCUGGUGGUGGAGGAGGGCCUUGUGCCCUUCCCCAGCGAUUCGGAUUCCCUGGAUUCGCCCAACCCGUCGUCGGCCCUCACGUCCCUGCAGUGGGUGGCCGACAUUCUACCAUCCAGCAUCCGAGUGCAGGGGAGGACCUUCAGCCAGCAGCUGGAGCACCUGCUCACGCCGCCCGAGCGCUAUGGGGUGUGCCGCGCACUGGAGAGCUUCUUCCAGCACAGAAAUAUUGACACGCUCAUCGUGGAUGUCUACCCUGUGCUGGACACGCCUGCCAAGCAGGUCCUAUGGCAGUUCAUCUACCAGUUGCUGACCUACGAGGAACAGGAGCUGUGCCAGGAGAAAAUCGCCUGCUUCCUGGGCUACACGGCCAUGACCGCCGAACCUGAGCCAGACCUGGAGCCGGAACCAGAGCCAGAACCAGUGCCCGAGCUGCAGCCACGGAGCUCCCUGCGGGCCUCAUCUGUGUGCCGCCGCAGCCUGCGCACCCAGGGCCUGGAGGCCAGCCUUGGCUGUGGCCCUGCCGAGUGCCCGGACAUGCCUCUCCCUCUGAUCCCAGGCGAGCGCCAGGCGGGCGAUGGCACAUCCCUCCCUGAGACCCCCAACCCGAAGAUGAUGUCAGCUGUCUAUGCUGAACUGGAGUCACGCCUGCAUAGCAGCUUCAAAGGGAAGAUGGGGACCACCUCCAGAUCCCGCGCGUCGCCCCCUGUGCCCAACCCGGUCAGCAUGGCAGGACCCAGGACCAGCAUCUCAUGGCCCAGCGAGCGGCUCCUGCCCUCGGCCUGCCACUACCCACUGUGCUCGGGGGGCCUGGCUUCCCCCAGCAGCUCCGAGUCCCACCCCUAUGCCAGCCUGGACAGCAGCCGGGCCCCCUCCCCGCAGCCCAGCCCGGCCGGACCCCUGCUGCCCGACAGCCCGCCCAGCCCGGCCCCUGCGCGCACCCACAGCCGGAGGAAGCUCUUCGCCUCCUCCCGGCCCACGCGCAGCCAGGACACCGAACGCUUCCUGGACCUGCUCAGCGAGCAGCUGGGCCCCCGCGUCACCAUCGUGGAUGACUUCCUGAGCCCAGAUAACGACUACGAGGAGAUGAGCUUCCACGACGAGGACCAGGGCAGCUUCGGGACGCAGGAGCGCAGCAGCGCCAGCGACUCGGUCAGCAGCAGCGAGGAGGGCAGCUCCCUGACCUACUCCUCCAUCUCCGACCACAUCCCCCCGCCCCCGCUCAGCCCCCCGCCGCCUCCCCCGCUGCCCUUCCACGACCCCAAGCCUGGUGGGGGCCGCACCCCAGAGGGGCCCCGGGGCGCCGCUCAGACGCUGUCUAAGCCCCUCCCCCAGCACGGCCACCCAGUCCCACCCCCGCCCCCGCCGCCCCUGCCCCCGCCGGUGCCCUGCGCGCCCCCGCUGCUGGCCCGGGGCCUCGGCCAUCGCCGCAGUGAGACCAGCCACAUGAGUGUGAAGCGGCUGCGCUGGGAGCAGGUGGAGAACUCGGAGGGCACCAUCUGGGGGCAGCUCAGGGAAGACUCGGACUACGACAAGCUCAGCGACAUGGUGAAGUACCUUGACCUGGAGCUGCACUUCGGCACCCAGAAGCCUACCAAACCAGCGCCCCGGCCCGAGCCCUUCAGGAAGAAGGAGGUGGUGGAGAUUCUCUCUCACAAGAAGGCCUACAACACCUCCAUCCUGCUGGCGCACCUGAAGCUGAGCCCGGCCGAGCUGCGCCAGGUGCUCAUGGACAUGGAGCCGCAGCGCCUGCAGCCCGCACACCUGGCGCAGCUGCUGCUCUUCGCGCCCGACGCUGACGAGGAGCAGCGCUACCGGGCCUUCCGCGAGGCGCCCGGCCGCCUCAGCGAGCCCGACCAGUUCGUGCUGCAGAUGCUGUCAGUCCCCGAAUACAAGACCCGCCUGCGCAGCCUCCACUUCCAGGCCACGCUGCAGGAGAAGACCGAGGAGAUCCGAGGUAGCCUGGAGUGCGUGCGGCAGGCCUCACGCGAGCUCAAGAGCAGCAGGAAGCUGGCCAAGAUCCUGGAGUUUGUCCUGGCCAUGGGGAACUAUCUCAACGAUGCACAGCCCAAAACCAACAAGACCACGGGCUUCAAGAUCAACUUCCUGACAGAGCUUAACUCCACCAAGACUGUGGAUGGAAAGUCCACCUUCCUGCACAUCCUCGCCAAGUCGCUGAACCAGCACUUCCCUGAGCUGCUGGGCUUCGCGCAGGACCUGCCCACUGUGCCACUGGCCGCCAAAGUGAACCAGCGGGCACUGACCAGUGACCUGGCCGACCUCCAUGGCACUGUGGGCGAGAUCCAGGCGGCCUGCCAGAGCAUGGCGCCCUCCGGGGAGGAUAAGUUUGCCGUGGUCAUGGCGGCCUUCCUGGACAUGGCCCAGCCAGCACUGCGGGCGCUGGACGGGCUGCAGCGUGAGGCCAUGGAGGAGCUGGGCAAGGCUCUGGCCUUCUUUGGCGAGGACUCCAAGGCCACCACCUCUGAGGCCUUCUUCGGCAUCUUUGCAGAAUUCAUGAGCAAGUUCGAGAGAGCGCUCAGUGACCUGCAGGCCGGGGAGGGCUCACGCAGCUCCGGGAUGGUCUCUCCACUCGCCUGGUGACCGCGCAGCCUGAGGGCGCCCCCUGCUGGACCCACCUACCGAACGCCAGAGGCAACCAGGUGCCAGAGGGGGGCCCCCUCUGCUCUCCAGCUACCUCAGCGUCCAGCCCAGACACCCCCAGGAGGUGUGGGGCUUCAGCAGGAGUGGACUCCCAGGGAUGGGACACAUGACCCCCACCCAGUGGCUUCCUGACCUGGUCUGGUCCCGGCAGAGGCAGUCAGAGCAGGGGUGCUUGGCCAGACGGGACAGAGUUGGCUGCUGGCCCUCGAUGGCUUGUCCCGCGUGGUGCCCACAGCUCGGAGCCUCCUUACUGAGCUUUGAGUGGUACCGCCUGGGCACCCUCUGCACCUAGGACCUGAGCAACCCUAAGACUCACCCCUCCAGUGGGCACGAGAGAGCCUGGAGACCCCUGUCUGGACACGGGGCUCGGAGCUGGCAGCAUCUCUGGGCAGAGUUUGGGGGAAGGCUGGGAUGAGGAAGACCCCACCCAAAGGAAUUGAGAUGUUCAUCCCAUGGAGAAACUUGCAUUCAGUUUAGAAAGAGUCAGUUGAAAGGGGAAUCGGGGCGGGGGGGGGCAGGGGGGAUCCUGAAGGGAGGGAGGGUGCAGGCACUGUGCAGCAGUGGCUCAUGUCCGGGUGGUGACAAGGACCGGGAACAGGCAGACCCCAGCGUUUGCCCAUGGUCAGAGCAGGUGAGGACGGGUCAUGAAGGGGCGCUGGGGUGUCUGCUGUCUCAUCCUUGCUCUGCUUCAAAUCUUGGCCUUAGCGCCCUCUGUUCUGCUCGAGAAGUCUGAGCCAGCUGAAUCCCAGCUCCGACACUGUCCCGUGGGAGUACGUGGUUUCGGUGCCCCUGAGUAGGGUUGGGUCCAUCUUUUGUGGGGGCACACCCGACUGUGCUUGGGGGCAUCUCUUCUGAUGGUGCUCACAGGAUCAGGUGGUGGUGGGGGUCGAGCCCAGGGUCCUGCAUGCAGAGGCUGCUCUCAGCCCUAUGAGCCACCUCCCCAGGACCCUCUGAGGCCAUGAAUGUUCUCCCUUAGCCCCACUCACAGCCACUGUAUAAACCCAAAAGAUUGCUGGGGGUGCCCGUGAGGCUCAGAAUUGCUUCCCAACUCCCCAGGUUAUGUCUCUGAGAAUCACUGAGGGGGUCUGUGAGAAUCUGCAAGCUCUGGACUCCCUUGGGCCAUCACCGGCAGUGACCCCCAGGCCGCAGGAGACCCAGAUGGCAUUUCCUGCAAGUGAAGAUAGACAGACACACAACACACACACACACACACACACACACACACAUACACACACAUCUAGGUAGAUCCCCAUCUAGGUAGAUCCAGCCCCUCAGGGUGCUGAACCAAGCCAAACUCAGCUUUCUCCCAACUUCCUGGCCUGGGUCAUCUCACCACACAUGCUGUGUACCAGAUCAUCCUGAGACUUUAAGCAGCCCCCACUUAAAGUUGGGGAGUCAGUAAGUUACUGGGCAGCUCCAGACUGAGCUGGACACCACAGGUGUGUGGGUAUCACUGGUUUCUAGGCAACAGUACUCUCCAGACAGUGAUCUCCCAGGCCAGGGUCUUGGCAGGGACCACCGGGCUGGCUUCCUGUGGCUUCCCAUCCUCUGGCCUCAGAGCCACCAUGGUUCACAGCGGGGUGGCAGGGCUCAAAAGGACAAGUGGAGGCACCCAAGACCCCUAGAGACUCAGCACUAACGGCUGGGAGGGCGCUUGCCUCAAACACAGCUGACCCGGGUUCGAUCCCCAGCACAGUGCAGUCACCUGUGUCCUGGGUGCAGAGCUAGAAGUCAGCUCUGAACACCACUGGGUGUGGCAUCUAAAACGGUACAAAAAUACCAAUUUCAGUACUGGGGUGAUGGGACCAGCUCAACAAGGGGGUCCCAGAAGCCCAUUGUAAAGGGCACGGACUUGGGGGCAGAGUAGCAGCAGGAUCAACUUUGCAAUCAAACUCCCAGGCGCCAGGAGCACCCCAGUCUCCUGCGGCAGCCCCACCCUGCCCCAGCUCAACUCUGAGUCCCCACACCCGUGUCCUCCAGGUGACAGUCCCUCACUCGCCCAGCCCUGCCGCCCCUCCGAGUGACUUCACAGACUCACUCAGGCCCUGAGCAGCUGGGUCGUCUGGCCUGCCGGAUUUCCUGGGGAGUUUCAUUCUCCUGCCCCAGGAGAGGCUGAUGGGAGGAGGAACUGCCUGAAGGAGGAACCCUCUCUCUUGGCACAGUCUCUGGGUACAGGAGAGAUGGACCCUGAUGGGAGACACCAGGACCAUCCCCCACUCUGUAUAGCUCUUUGUUCCUGGAUCCAACCGUGCCUGAAAGAGAUUCUGGACUCAUCUAUUUCCAAGCCCAUACAUUUCCCCUCUGUUUAUACAUUUUCAAAAAAUUCAUUUGAGGGGCCAGAGAGGUAGGACAGCGGAUAGGGCGUUUGCCUUGCACGCAGCAGACUUGGGUUCAAUCCCCGGCAUCCCAUAUGGUCCCCUGGUCCCCUGAGCACCACCAGGAGUGAUUCCUGAGUGCAGAGCCAGAAGGAACCCUUGAGCAUCGCUGGGUGUGACCCAAAAGGAAAAAAAAAAAAAAGCAAAAAAUUCAUUUGAAUUAGAGGUCUUACGUGGAUUUGAGCGGGUUUUCAUCACAGCAUGCAGACUGGGCUAAUCCACCAACCUCGAAUGCCCAGAGGGGUGUGGCCUUUCGAUACUCUCCAUGACAAUCCUCUCUCCGUGGACAUUUGCCAGUAGUCAUCGUGUCCAGACCCAGGGCUGCGUACAAGUGCUGGGUGCAUCAGCCUCUGGAAUCUGGAAACCUUUGUUCCAGUGAUGGUGGGCUGAUAUUGGGGCAAGAUGAAGCCCCCCACUCUUGUGGGGGUUGCCACGUAUGUGCAUUGGAACCCCAGUCUCACCAUGUGACAAAGUCUGGGGCUGGGGAACCCAUCUAUCUCUGUAAGCCUCCCCAGCCUGCUUCCCUGCUCCCGGGUGCUCCGGGUUCUCCAAGCCCUGAUCCAUUUCCCUAUCACAGCCACCCCGAUGAGAUGGGUUUUGUUAUCUCCUUUUUACAAAUAAAGCACCUGAAACUCA